CCCUGUAUAUUGUUUGGUAACCAAUAAAAAUGUUACGUUGGCUAACCUGUUUAACACGUUUUUUCAUUUCUGACAAUUGACAAUAUUCUUUUCCUCUUUUCAGCAUUGCUAUUAAUUGUGAAACAUGAGCUCCUUAAAGCUCCAAAAGAGGUUAGCCGCCUCUGUUAUGAGAUGCGGUAAGAAAAAGGUCUGGUUAGAUCCUAAUGAAAUUAACGAGAUCGCAAACACCAAUUCUCGCCAAAAUAUUCGCAAGCUAAUUAAAGAUGGUCUUAUUAUCAAAAAACCGGUCGCAGUCCACUCGCGCGCUCGCGUUCGUAAAAAUACUGAAGCUAGGCGCAAAGGCAGACACUGCGGGUUCGGUAAAAGGAAAGGUACAGCCAACGCUAGAAUGCCACAAAAGGAACUGUGGAUACAACGAAUGAGAGUGCUGAGGCGUUUAUUGAAGAAAUACCGCGAGGCCAAAAAGAUUGAUAGGCACUUGUAUCAUUUAUUGUACAUGAAGGCCAAGGGUAAUGUGUUUAAGAACAAGAGAGUAUUAAUGGAGUACAUUCAUAAGAAGAAGGCGGAGAAAGCAAGAACGAAGUCUUUGCACGAUCAGGCUGAAGCGAGGCGAUUGAAAGUUAAGGAAGCACGUAAGCGACGAGAAGAGAGAAUUGCCCUCAAGAAACAGGAAGUCAUUCAAAAUUAUCAAAAGGAAGAUGAGGCGGCUGCAGCAGCAGCAGCAGCAGCCCAAAAAUAAAUAUUUCUUUUGUAAUUUUGUUGGACUUAAAUAAAGCUCUUUAUUUAU